AUGGUCAAGGCCAACGUGCUUGAGCCCCUGUGCGAGCUGUUGAAGUCCACCGACUCGAACCUGUUGAAGGUCGUGCUGGAGGCCAUCGAGAACAUUCUCAAGGCCGGCCAGGAGCACGCGUCAAAGACUGGCGCCAACCCAUACGUCGACCUCAUUGAGCAGUUUGGUGGCGACCAACAACUGAUCGAGCUGCAGAAUGUCAAGAACAAGGAUGUCUACACCAAGGCUCAAAACAUCCUCGAGGACUUCUUUGAUGUGCAAGCCGACGACAUGGAGAACACCGAGCCAAACAACAUGGGCUCCACCUUCAACUUCAACGCUCCACGUACCAACGACAUUAUCUUC